CACCGGACUGACUGACCGAGGGACUUUAGAUUCCCACAUUUCUACCCGCUGUCCAAGGACCCCCUCUCGCUCGAUGACUUGUUACGAUCCACCUCGCAGGUGGCCACCGAGCGCGCGCUGUACAUGAACAACGCGACACUGCAACAGCAGCCCAUGCCCGUUUCGCCCUCGUCUUUGCUAGACCCCAGCGCCUCCCCCGGCACUAGCCACGGAUCGUACAGUGGAAGCGAUGAUGGCUGGGAAUAUCAUGCACAGAUGAUGGAUCUUCCCGAGGCAUUUGCGGCGGCGGCUGCAAGUGACGACGACGAAGGCCUGACUCCGCUGGAAAUGCCCGACGGUAGCACUCGCUUCACGGCCAAUUGGCUGCCGGUGGAUCCCCAGGGUGGAUUCACCAUCGGCUCGCCCGAAAAGCCUCGCUCGGCCGGUGCAGGUAAUCUCUUCGACCGCGAGUUCAUGAAUUACCACAAGGAGGCCUUCAUCACCACCGACGCCGGUGUGUGACCAUGAUUCCACCGCGACCAAGCAAUCCAAACCAAAGACAAACGGGCCGACCCUUCGACUCUGCCCGUGGAAACCCAUCCCCCAGACUGCGAGUCUGGCCACUGACCACCCCGUUCCUUCAAGAGACCGUUGGAGACGGGUCCCGGUUGGUCGGGGUCCGCGAUAUAACCGACUUGACCCGGGCGACAUCGGUCCCAGCCCUCGUCGCGGUAGAACCGCGAAAAUGGGCCCAUUAUUGAUGGGGACAGAUGCUACUGCACCAAGGGAAUCUUGGGGGGUCUGCUGAACAUGCAGACUGCAAGCAGCAAGUCUAAUCAUUUCCUAGUGCGUCAAUAGUGCCAAAUUUGUGAGCCACCACGAGCAUUGCUUUGAAAUAUCCAUGUGUUCCUGAAUGUUACCAAA